AUGCGUGUUGCUGGCUUUAUUUCUCUUCUCGCCGUGCUUCUUGCGCGCGUGGAGGCCGCGCCAAAGGCCCUAAAGCCUCAUGAGCGUCAUACUCAGCAUCACACUUCGACCUCGCUGUCUCACCAAACCAAGUUGGGCCAGUUCGCGCACAAAGGCCCCGUUCCUACCGUGACCGUGGAGCGUUCGACGACCAUCUUCCGUACAGUGACUAUGUCUACGACGGUUCACUCCACUACGACUAAGAAACUCAAGCCCGUGACUGUGACCGAUACGGCGUUCACAACAUCUACUGCCUAUGUCACUGCUUCGACUAACACCGAUGUUGUCUCAGUCACUUCGACCGAGUUUAAUACCGCUACUGUGACGGUGACCCCGGAUCCUAUCUCUGUUACUAUCGAGUCAGACACUACAACGACGACCACGGCGACAUCAACAAUCGCUGCUACGGAUGGCUUCAUUCCGAUUGCUUCUAGUUUUUCUACGCAGGCUCCACUUAAAAAACGGGACCUCGAAAAACGGUCAAAUGCUAUUGAUAUCAAAAAUAUGCAGCAUCCGCAGUCUGUGACAUGCAUCAAGGAGAUUAUCGUAGAGAUCAUUAUCAUCGAGAUCUUCACCGCUACUCCUAUCACUAAGACAGUGUGCGUCCCGAGAGUCACCACUCACAUAACUAGCGCCGUCACUACCACUUCGACCAUCGUCCCCGCAGAUGUCUCAACAACGGUUAGCGAAACAGUCACAUGUACUAUCACUUCGGCAACGACACUUCCGCUGACAACACAGACGGUUACAACCACCUUUACCGUCACAGAGUCAAGCACAACCUCCGUCUUAGGCGCCUGCGCCACCAACAACAUCGCCGGCUCGCCUCUAUCAUCGGACUUUGGCGAACUCGCAGGUCAAUAUGUCGUUAACGCUGGAUGGGGAACGUUCCCGGGGUAUACGUACACCACCAGAAGCGGGUCCACUCCGUAUGAUUGCUGCGUUGCCUGUAUACAGGAUGAGUCCUGCGGACUCAGUUAUCUCGUAAACGCAAGCGGAGUCUGCAUUAUGGUUGACACGACGACGUGCUCGCAGUCCAGUAAUCAUGGGUGGAUGUCUUUGUCACCAACUGAUGUCAAUUUUAAUACUUUUCAAGUGUCAAAUGGCAACUGUGCAGUGGUUAAUAUGGACUCGUAA